UUUGUACGGAAUUCACUAUCCUGGUGUCCCCCUUCCACGCGGAAACGAAGACGGGACGGGAGGACAGGUGGCGCCGUAGCCCUAGCUCGGAUCCGGUGAAUUCGACCGCAGCCGUCGUCACAGGAGGGGGUUCCUAAUGCAGGAGCGGAGGCUCGCCGGCUCGGCCCUCCUAACAGGAGAGGAGAGAUUGAACAACAUAUUGCGUAAAACCAGCUCAACUACUCCUUCGUAUUUUUCCGAAUGUUUCGACACAAGGUUGGAGACUUGGGCUGAUCCCACUCCUAGGGAAUCGGAAUUUACUGUGCAUAAUCUUCGUGAGGCUUGUAUUAAGGCUUGCAGGCGCGGUACCAUCCUUCAGGCUGCUAGGUCAUUAGUUAGGCCUAGUGAGGAGCAACUUAGGCAGAGAGAAGAGCAGGAUCGCAAGUUCGCGAUGAUAGCACUGGGAGUCUAUACCAAGAAAUACAACAUGCAGCCUAGUGAACUUGAGUUUCUGGAAGUGAAAGAAAGAAACCUUAUUGAUGAAAGCGGGGCAGGAUAUUUGCAUUAUAACUUCUCAGUGAAAGAAUUAGAUGGUAAACAUACAAUGUUUUUUGCUGAGGUGCAUCAUGAUCUGGAAGAUGAGGAUGAAGUCUAUCUUUGCAUGCCUUUGGAAGAGGAUGACUUCAAUCCAUCAAAAGAGAAUGACCAAGCUCUCUGUAAAGCGUGUCAACAUGAGGCAAAAGGUCUUAUACAUCCCAGUUGUGGUACCUUUCUAGGUGGGCACAAAAGAAUAUGUCCGAGAGUGCAGUGGGACAGUAUUGAUGACGAGACUGAUUACGAAUUCGUUUAGUGGGAAGUUUCUAUUAGUCAGUUGUCUUAAGAGAGGAGUGGUAUUAAUUCACAUGGCAUGUAAGGAAGAAUGUAGCAACAUGACAUGAUCUGUCAGGCAAGACAUUUUGUGCUGUGGUUUUCUUUUCUUUUUUGUACUCAGCAUAUUUCAGUCAACUCUUAAUGUUGUAGGAUGUUGUUUGUGUCCUUCAAUUAUGUGCAUGAGGGGUCUUAAUUAA